AUGACGAUUCAAUCAAUAGAUCAUUCAGUCCUUCUAGCCCUAUCUCAGCGCCACCCCAUUUCACCAAAAUUCAAGGGGCAUAUGUGCUCUACAAUCACAAGGACAACUACUUUUAAAUUUAAAAAUGUAACUGCAAUUUCAUCCACGGUUGAUUGGAGGAAGAAAGGAGCAGUGACACCUGUGAAGAAUCAAGGUCAAUGCGGAUGUUGUUGGGCAUUUUCUGCUGUUGCGGCAACCGAAGGAAUUCAUCAGUUGAGUACUGGAAAAUUGGUCUCUUUAUCAGAACAAGAACUUGUUGAUUGCGAUACAAAAGGUGUGGACCAAGGUUGUGAGGGUGGUCUUAUGGAUGAUGCUUUCAAGUUCAUCAUUCAAAAUCAUGGACUCAGCACAGAAGCUCAAUACCCCUAUCAAGGUGUUGACGGAACAUGCAGUGCAAACCAAGCAUCCACCCAAGCGGCUACCAUUACAGGAUAUGAAGAUGUCCCGGCCAACAAUGAGCAGGCACUCCAAAAAGCGGUUGCAAAUCAACCAAUUUCUGUAGCCAUUGAUGCUAGUGGAUCGGACUUUCAAUUUUACAAAAGUGGUGUCUUUACAGGUUCAUGUGGAACUGAGUUGGAUCACGGGGUCACUGCUGUGGGUUAUGGGGUUGGUAGUGAUGGAACCAAGUAUUGGUUGGUUAAGAACUCAUGGGGAGCUGAUUGGGGUGAAGAAGGUUACAUUAGAAUGCAAAGGGGAGUCGAUGCAGUUGAAGGACUGUGUGGUAUUGCAAUGCAAGCAUCUUACCCUACUGUUUAA